AUGGCGAGAACCUCACUACCACCUCUACUGCUCUUUGGAAUGAGUUUGUUCCCUGUUUUGUUUUUCCAGUCUCAGACUGUGGUGGUACUUAGGGGGGAGUCUGUCACCUUGCUGUGCUCCAAUAUUUCAACGGUUGUCGGACAUGUAGCCUGGUUUAAACAAGUCAACAGAUCAGAGCCUGUGUGUAUCUCGACUAUGUACAGCUCUCAUUCAUCAACAGUUGAUUAUUACUUAAAAAAUAGACAUUUUAAAAUGUACAGCAACAACACCACCAUCUUCCUUGAAAUCACAAAUUUGGAAAUAGCUGACAGUGGUCUGUAUUUCUGUGGAGUUUUUACAAAUACUAAAUACAUGGUAUUUGUCAGAGCAACAUUUUUAAAUGUUCAAGGGUCUAUCAUAAGUGAGGAAAUACAAGAGUCAGUAAAAAAAAGAGAGUGUAGUGAAACUACCAGUGCUGUCGGAGAGUGUAAUGGAAAUGCCAGUCAUCUUGGAGUGGGUGAUGGAUCUAUGGACUUGUUCUCAUUGGUUGUGAUCCUGGGUGGUGUGACUGCUGUUCUCCUGAUAGUUAUCAUCAUCCUGGUCCUCAAGAUCCGGCGAGACACAAAAACAGAUAAUGAGACUCAACUGCAGAGACAAAAUACCCAGGAUGUAGAUGAGAACACCGACUUUCUUAACUACGCAGCACUGAAUUUUAGUCAGAAGACGCCAAGAAAUACGAAAAGUCAGCUGAAUAUGAUGGAGACGGAUUCUCAUGUUGUUUACACCACCAAAUAAUGUCAAAUGUUUUAAUGUUGACACUGAUUCUUGAUGUUGUUCGGGCUUUGUCCUCUUAUUUUAAUUAUAUAUCAAACAUAAAAGGGGUGCUCUUGGAUCUUGUAAGCCACAUUGGCCAAAUGUUCUUCAUAUAUGACUCUGGUAUUAAGGCCCGCUAAGGUGAAUAUCAUCAGUAGGUUAUUAUAUUUAGAAUUCAACUAAGAAAUCAAACCAAGAUACCUAUAGCAUUUUUUAAAUAACAUAACAUAAGAUUGUGAAUGCAAAAUUCAACAAAUUUGGAACACUUUUGGA